AUGGAACUUGAUGAUGUUAAUAACAGUAAUGUCAAAUUUGACUCAAAUAAACCUAUAUAUAGGUUAGAUUAUAAAAAAAGUAGUGAUGACAGUGCGAAUAUAAAUGAUGGUAAUAAUUUACUUCUAACUUCUUAUGAGGUUGGAGGGAUAGUCCCAACAAAUAUUAGAUUAAUUUUUAAUAAUAAACCAUAUAUUUAUUCAGAGAAUUAUGUAGAAGAUACAAACGAAUCACAUAAUAACCAAAAUUCUUUGUAUAGUACAAAAAUCCAUUCAGCAGAGUCAACAAUUCCACAAGAUUUUAACUUGAAUGAAGGAUGUUUUUUGAGCCAAGUACAAAUUCCUAUUUUAAAUAAUGAUGAACGUUUUUCUGCUUAUUAUAUGAUUCAAAUUAUUUGUUCUGAUGAAUUUCUUUAUAAUAGUGAAUAUCUCAAUAACAAUGCAAGAAUUAAUACCCAAGAAAAUAUUAAACUACUUAAUAAUGAAUCUCAAACAUUUGGAAAUAAUAGAUGUUGUCCAAAAAAAGUAACAUUUUCAAAAUCUCUUCCAUGGGUAAUAUUUCAAAAUGAUAAACAAUUUUCAAUUGGUAAAUCUUCAAUUAGAAAAACAAGAGCAUCAAUAGCUUUAUCUGAACAAUAUUAUCAUAUUCCAGUUCCUAAAUUGUUUUUUAGACAACCAAUAUCACAAAUGGCAAAAUCUACUAGAAGAAUUCUUAGAAAACCAUGUGAAAUAGAGCUUCUUGUUAAUGUUGAGCCAAUUAAUCCAUAUUUUAUUGAACAAUAUCUGAUAAAAUCUAGAAAAAUAUACUCUGCCAAUCCAAAACUUGUUACUGACCUUUUAUUGAGUGAUAUUAACAAUUCUUUAAUUGAUAAAUGUGUUGAAACCAUUAUUCAAGUAAAAAUGAAUAGAAUAAUAGAUAUAAUAAAUUUCCGAGAAAAACUCAGAUUAAAUCUUAAAUACAUCCAUAAUGCGACAAAAUCCAGGUAUUUGGUAAAUUUACUUGCAAAGUUAAAUUUUGAUCCUGAAAAACAGAGUCAUAAUGACUUAUUAAAUACACUCUGGAGAUGCUAUUUUUCCAAAGAAACCAAUAUUAAAUGGGAGCUUUUGGGCUUUCAAAGAUGUGAUCAACCAUAUAGUGAUUUUAGGGGAGUUGGUAUACUUGCACUUGUAUGUCUAUUAUAUUUUAGCUUAGCACAUCCAUUUGAAUCCAAAUUAAUUCAUCGAGAAUCAAGUAAUUCAAAGUAUUGGUAUUCUUUUGCGGUUACAGGGAUUAACAUUACAUCUUGGCUUAGAGAUUGGCUGAAUCAAAGAGACCAUCGAAUUAUUCAAUUCUUCUAUAAAACCGAAAAUGAUGUAAAUAUGCUCGUUAUAUUUUGUGAACUCUUUUCAUUUAUUUUUCUUAAAUUCCAUUCGUUUUGGAUGGAGAGAAAACCAAAGAACAUUCUCGAGUUCCCUAUUAUUGCUCAAAUAUUUAAGCAAAAAAUUCAAUUUCCUUUGUCUGACAAAAUAUAA